AUGCUCCUGGUCGCUACUGCGAUCUUCCUCUACUAUACGGCUUGGACUCUUCUCAUGCCGUUCGUGGACACCGGACAUCCUCUCCAUGCUCUAUUCCCUCCCCGCGUGUGGGCGAUCCGCAUUCCUGUUAUCCUGACUCUACUGGGCUCGGCCGUGGUUGGUACAUUUAUUGGCAUCGUGAUGAUCAACAGCAACAGGAAGAAGGCUGCCAAAGCUGCAGCGGCGAAGAAGAAGACUUGA